UAACUAGUUUUGCUGACGUGUGACAAAACUCACAAACCUAAAAAACAGCAAUGAAGGUCGUCAAUGCUAUCCUAGCUCUGGUUCUGGCCAUCUGCGCCAAUGCAUCUCCUUCGCCAUAUGUGCAAGAUGUCGUAACCUACUCCAACCCGUGGCCCCUGAAGACCAGCACGGUUUGGCCCGCAUACGGUGGAUUGUACGGUGGCAAGGUCGCUGUGGUCCCAGAUGUUGCUUAUGGAAAAUACGCCUACCCGAACGUUUAUGGAAGCUGGCCUGUGUAUGGCAAGAACUGGGGAUACUCCGCGCCAGUUGUCACUGUUGGUGCCAAAGUUGUGGACAAUGGUCUGUGGAACUAUGGCGGCUAUGGACAUGGAUACGGACUGGGAAAUAACAAGUAUUGGUAUUAAAUAUUAUAUGAAAUCGAUUGUCGAAUAAACAAAUAGUAACUUGUA